AUGUUUCUCGUUAUAAUUGUUGUUUUCUUCUCGUUCUAUUUAUCGUUCUCUUUUACUCGUUCUAUUUCUCGUUCUUUUUUAUCUUUCUAUUUCUCGUUCUAUUUUCUCUUUCAAUUUCUUGUUCUAUUUUUCUCGUUCUAUUUCUCGUUCUAUUUUUCUCAUUCUAUUUAUCGUUCUAUUUUUCACUUGCUAUUUCUCGUUGUAAUUCUCGUUCUAUUUUCCUCCUUCUAUUUCUCCUUCUAUUUCUCGUUUUAUUUUUCUCGUUCUAUCCCUCGUUCUUUUUUUCUCGUUCUUUUUUUCUCGUUCCAUUUUUCUCGUUCUAUUUUCUCUUUCUAUUCCUGGUUCUAUUUUUCUCGUUCUAUUUAUCAUUCUAUUUUUCUCUUUCUAUUUUUAGUUCUAUUUUUCUCGUUCUCUUUCUCUUUCUUUUUUCUCUUUCUAUUUAUCUUCUAUUUCUCGUUCUAUUUUACUCGUUCUAUUUCUCGUUUUAUUUUUCUUCUUCUAUUUCUCUUUCUUUUUUCUCUUUCUAUUUAUCAUUCUAUUUUUCUCUUUCUAUUUCUCGUUCUAUUUUUCUGGUUCUAUUUCUCGUUUUAUUUUUCUCGUUCUAUUUCUCUUUCUUCUUUUUCUCGUUCUUUUUUUUCUCGUUCCAUUUUUCUCGUUCUAUUUUCUUCUGAUUCUAUUUUUCUUGUUUUUUUCUUCUCUUCUCUUGUUUCUCUUCUUUUUUUCUUUUCGUUCUCUUCUUUCUAUUCUUUUUUAUUUUCGUUCUCUUCUUUCCCUUCUUUUUUUUCGUUCUCUUCAUUCUAUUCUUUUUUCAUUUACUUCUUUUCUUUCUAUUCCUUUUUUCUCUUAGUUCUUUUCGUUCUUCUCUUUCUACUAUUUUUUCUUUUAGUUCUCUUCUUUCUAAUCUUUUUUCUUCUUUUAGUUCUCUUCUUUUUUUUUUUUUUCGUCCUCUUCAUUCUAUUCUUUUUUCUUUUAGUUCUCUUGUUUCUCUUCUUUUUUUCUUUUCUUCUCUUUUCUUUCUCUUCUUUUUUUUUCUUUGUCUUCAUUCUAUUCUUUUUUCUUUUACUUCUUUUCUUUCUAUUCCUUUUUUCUUUUCGUUCUCUUCUUUCCAUUCAUUUUCCUUUUAGUUCUCUCCUUUCUAUUCUUUUUCUUUUCGUUCUCUUCAUUCUAUUCUUUUAUUUUUUUAGUUCUCUUUUUUCUAUUCUUUUAUUUUUUUUCUUUUCGUUCUCUUUUUCUAUUUUUUCUUUUAGUUCUCUUCUAUGUUUUCCGGUUUAUGUUGUUCUUUUCGUAAUUAUUUAUAUUUUCCCAGGCUAUCUUACUGUAUUUAUUCACUUACUAAUUUUCUUUUUCUUUGUAGUAUUAUUACUAAUUUCAUUUCCAAACCUCCCUUAA